AUGGCAUUUGAUAUAGACAUAGAAUGUAAAAGGACCAAAGAAGCCAUCAGACAAAUAAAUAAAACAAUAUCUGUGCCUAAAACGAAGACAGUGUUUGAAUGUUGCGAAGGAUAUGUCAAGAAGAAUGGGAAAUGUUCAGCUCUCUGUUCAUAUGGUUGCAUUCACGGAAAAUGCACUAAACCCAAGACUUGUAUCUGCAAUGAAGGUUGGCAUGGACCCAAUUGCACUGCUGAAUGUGAUGAUGGAUGGUUUGGUGAAGGAUGCAAGAUGUACUGCACUUGCCAGAACGGAGCCACCUGCGAUAAGAGAAAUGGAUUUUGUCACUGCCCUCUAGGUUUUGCAGGCGUAUUUUGCGAAUCUAUUUGUCCUAAGGAAUCAUAUGGAAGGAAUUGUGUAAAUGAAUGUCAUUGUAAAAAUGGAGGUGUGUGCAACUUCAUAGAUGGUACAUGUGAUUGCCCUCCUGGAUACAUAGGGAGAUACUGCGAAAAUCAAUGCCAGGAUGGAACUUAUGGAGAAAAAUGUCUGAAGAACUGUUCGUGUAAUGAUUUAGCAACUAUCUUCUGCAGACAUAAUGAUGGAAAAUGUAUGUGUGUCCCUGGUUGGAAAGGUGAUACAUGUUCCAAUAAAUGUGAUUUAAAUACUUGGGGAGUUCAUUGCUCCAAGAAAUGCAAAUGUCCUCCCAAUUCUAUCUGUGAUCACGUCACUGGAAACUGUUCUUGCCAACCUGGAUGGUACGGACUAAAGUGUGAAAAAAAAUGUCCAGAAGGAUAUUUUGGAAAAGAUUGCAGAAUGAAGUGUCCUGAUUGCAUGUACCUUCCGGGGACUUGCCAUUACAUCACUGGACAGUGCAGCUGCCCUGCAGGCUCUAGAGGCUCAAAUUGCGAUUUAGAAUGCCCAGAAAACACAUAUGGUGAAAAUUGCAUCUAUGAAUGUUCAUGUAGUAAUAACAGUUCUUGUGAUCCUGAAACUGGCGCUUGCAUCUGCUUACCAGGAUGGACUGGAGAAAAUUGUUCCAUUCCAUGCGGCAAUGGAACGUAUGGUUUAAACUGCAGUUUCUUUUGUAAUUGUUCCGAUAACUACACUUGCAAUCCGAUCAAUGGUGAAUGCAUCUGUGAAGAUUUUUAUUCUUCAAUUUGCCACUCUUAUGAGUCCAACAAAAUCGAUACAGGUCCGGAGUAUGACGAAUCAGAAUCAUCUUGGGACAUUUUGAUUAUUCUACUUAUUGCCUGCGUUUUGCUAGGAUUUUUAUUAUUCUGUUUCUUUGUACUCUGCAUCACCAAGAGGGCUAAAAAAUCUCGCUCCCGCUUAACAAAAGAAGAAAACAGCACAACUAACGUAAUACAAGAAAACAGCUCUCCUUCUAUUUCAAGUUUUCGUUUUAUGAAUCCUAAUUACGAAACAGCAGAAAAUAUAGAUUCACUAAAUAAGAAUCCAAAACUUUCUUUUACAUCAACAAGCAGUUUUACUGUAAAAAAAGAAGACAAAAAGUGGGAUUUAGAAGAAGUGGAAUUCAGAAUUCCUGAUUGUGAUAAAGCAUCACCUAUUAAAAAACAAUGCGUAGAAAUAUUCUUUGGUACUGCACAGACACAGGAAGGAGAUAAAAUUGUUACCUGCAUCCCAGAAGUCAGAUAUUCCAAAACAGCUCAGUCAUUUGGUAUUUCUGAUGAAGAUGCAUCUUCUCAAAGAAAUUCCAUGUAUGCUGAUGUUGAGUACAAAAAUGAAGAUCCUUCAGAAAUUCACAUGAAUCCAACUGAAAAGAUGGAGACUUAA